AACCUCGGCAUCCCCCACACGGCGCGGCGGCGGCGGCGUGGCCCGAUGGGAUGCCCCAUCUCGGCGGCUGAAGCACGGCGCCGCAGCGCUGCCGUCUUCGCGCUUCCUGUUCCGCGGGCCGUGUCGCCUCGCACUCCUCUCUCUGCGCCGCCUGCCGUGCAGCGCAUGGAUGGACGAUGCGAGCUCCUGCAGCGCACAGGCGCCCCAAUGCUUCGUCUUGACCGCAGUUGCAGAGCAGCCGGCAGCAGUUGUGCUCCAGCAUGCUCGUCGCCACGGAACAUGCAGCCACGCCGGCGCCAUGGCGCCCUCGAGGCGCAGCUCGCCCUUGCCCCGCGCUGCUAGCCGCGGGCCGCAGUCGAGCUCGUC